CACCCGCUCACCAGCUCGGCCACUGCUCGCGCUGGCUCGGCCGCUGCCACCGCCGCUAACGCCGCCAACGCCACCACAGCUUCCUCCGCUGCGGGGCCACAGCCUUGAGUGUCAUUCAAGGGACAGCACAACCUCACCCAAGAUCUCUUACCUCUGCCCAGCCGUCCCUCUCAUCCUCCCCCUUCCUCUGCUACACUCCAUCCAAAGAAGAGGGAAAGCGCGGAGCAGAGAGGGAGGAAGGCAAAGUCUGCUACCCUUGCCCCUUGGCCCCCUCGCUCCUCCAUCCCGGUUUUGACUCCCAAGCCCUCCUCCCCAAAAGGACCCUCAGGAACUGAGGCGACUCACCCUACUGCCAUGUCCAAAAGCUUGAAAAAGAAAAGCCACUGGACUAGCAAAGUCCACGAGAGUGUCAUUGGCAGGAACCCGGAGGGCCAGCUGGGCUUUGAACUGAAGGGGGGCGCCGAAAACGGACAGUUCCCCUACCUGGGGGAGGUGAAGCCCGGCAAGGUGGCCUAUGAAAGCGGCAGCAAGUUGGUGUCCGAGGAGCUGCUGCUGGAGGUGAACGAGACCCCCGUGGCGGGGCUCACCAUCAGGGAUGUUCUGGCCGUGAUCAAACACUGCAAGGACCCCCUCCGGCUCAAGUGUGUCAAGCAAGGAGGAAUCGUUGAUAAGGAUCUUCGUCACUACCUCAACUUAAGAUUUCAGAAGGGUUCUGUUGACCACGAGCUGCAGCAAAUCAUCCGUGACAACCUCUACCUCCGCACAGUGCCGUGCACCACAAGGCCACAUAAGGAGGGUGAGGUCCCUGGAGUGGACUACAUUUUCAUAACCGUUGAGGAUUUUAUGGAACUGGAGAAAAGCGGCGCUCUGCUAGAAAGCGGGACCUAUGAAGACAACUACUACGGGACCCCAAAGCCUCCAGCUGAACCAGCACCCUUAUUAUUAAAUGUAACAGACCAGAUACUUCCGGGAGCUACUCCAAGUGCUGAAGGAAAACGGAAGAGAAAUAAAUCAGUGAGCAACAUGGAGAAAGCAAGUAUAGAGCCUCCCGAGGAAGAGGAGGAGGAAAGGCCAGUGGUCAAUGGAAAUGGCGUUGUCAUCACACCAGAAUCCAGUGAACAUGAAGAAAAAAGUGCAGGUGCCUCAGGGGAGACGCCCUCCCAGCCUUACCCUGCACCAAUGUACAGUCAACCUGAAGAGCUAAAGGAGCAGAUGGAUGACACAAAGCCAAUGAAGCCUGAGGAGAAUGAGGACUUGGACCCAUUGCCUGAUAACUGGGAAAUGGCCUACACAGAGAAGGGUGAAGUCUACUUCAUUGACCAUAACACAAAGACAACAUCAUGGCUGGAUCCACGACUUGCGAAAAAGGCUAAACCUCCAGAAGAGUGCAAAGAAAAUGAGCUUCCAUAUGGCUGGGAAAAAAUCGAUGAUCCUAUAUAUGGCACUUACUAUGUUGACCACAUAAACAGAAGAACGCAGUUUGAAAACCCUGUCCUGGAAGCAAAAAGGAAGCUACAACAGCAUAACAUGCCCCACCCAGAACUUGGAACAAAGCCCUUGCAGGCCCCAGGUUUCCGAGAAAAGCCGCUCUUCACCCGGGAUGCAUCGCAGUUGAAGGGAACGUUCCUCAGCACCACCCUCAAAAAGAGCAACAUGGGCUUUGGAUUUACCAUCAUUGGUGGAGACGAGCCGGAUGAGUUUCUACAGGUGAAAAGUGUGAUCCCAGAUGGACCUGCUGCACAGGAUGGGAAAAUGGAGACAGGUGAUGUCAUUGUCUAUAUUAACGAAGUUUGUGUCCUUGGGCACACUCAUGCAGAUGUUGUCAAACUGUUCCAGUCUGUUCCUAUUGGUCAGAGUGUCAACUUGGUGUUGUGUCGUGGCUACCCCUUGCCCUUUGACCCUGAAGAUCCUGCUAACAGCCUGGUGCCACCCCUUGCAAUAAUGGAGAGGCCACCUCCAGUGAUGGUCAAUGGAAGACAUAACUAUGAAACCUAUUUGGAAUACAUUUCUCGGACCUCACAGUCAGUCCCAGAUAUCACAGACCGGCCACCUCAUUCUUUGCACUCCAUGCCAGCUGACGGUCAGCUAGAUGGCACGUAUCCACCACCCGUCCAUGAUGACAAUGUGUCUAUGGCUUCGUCUGGAGCCACCCAAGCUGAACUUAUGACCUUAACCAUUGUGAAAGGUGCCCAGGGAUUUGGCUUCACUAUUGCUGACAGUCCCACGGGACAGCGGGUGAAACAGAUACUUGACAUUCAGGGAUGCCCUGGGCUGUGUGAAGGAGACCUCAUUGUUGAGAUCAACCAGCAGAAUGUACAGAACCUGAGCCAUACGGAAGUAGUGGAUAUACUGAAGGACUGCCCCGUCGGAAGUGAGACGUCUUUAAUCAUCCAUCGAGGAGGUUUCUUUUCUCCAUGGAAAACUCCAAAGCCUAUGAUGGAGCGGUGGGAGAAUCAAGGCAGUCCUCAAACAAGUCUGUCUGCUCCGGCCGUACCGCAGAACCUGCCCUUCCCACCUGCCCUUCACAGGAGCUCCUUUCCCGACUCAACAGAGGCCUUUGACCCACGGAAGCCUGACCCAUAUGAGCUCUACGAGAAAUCGAGAGCCAUUUAUGAAAGUAGGCAACAAGUGCCACCCAGGACCAGUUUUCGAACGGAUUCCUCUGGUCCAGAUUACAAGGAAUUGGAUGUUCACCUUCGAAGGAUGGAGUCUGGAUUUGGCUUCAGAAUCCUCGGGGGAGAUGAACCUGGACAGCCUAUUUUGAUUGGAGCCGUCAUUGCCAUGGGCUCAGCCGACAGAGACGGCCGACUACACCCAGGAGAUGAGCUUGUCUAUGUGGAUGGGAUCCCAGUGGCUGGCAAGACCCACCGCUACGUCAUCGACCUCAUGCACCACGCAGCCCGCAACGGGCAGGUCAACCUCACUGUGAGAAGAAAGGUGCUAUGUGGAGGGGAGCCCUGCCCAGAGAAUGGGAGGAGUCCAGGCUCUGUAUCAACCCACCACAGCUCUCCGCGCAGUGACUACGCCACCUACGCCAACAGCAACCACGCCGCCCCCAGCAGCAAUGCCUCGCCCCCCGAAGGCUUCGCCUCGCACAGCCUGCAGACCAGUGACGUGGUUAUUCACCGCAAAGACAACGAAGGCUUCGGCUUCGUCAUCAUCAGCUCCCUGAACAGGCCCGAGUCCGGAGCCACCAUAACUGUGCCCCAUAAAAUCGGACGAAUCAUUGAUGGGAGUCCUGCCGAUCGCUGUGCAAAAUUAAAAGUGGGAGACCGGAUCUUAGCGGUCAAUGGCCAGUCUAUCAUCAACAUGCCUCACGCAGACAUUGUGAAGCUCAUCAAGGAUGCAGGUCUUAGUGUUACGCUUCGCAUCAUUCCUCAGGAGGCAGAGCUCAACAGUCCCACCUCGGCACCCAGCUCAGAGAAGCAGAGCCCCAUGGCCCAGCAGCACAGUCCUCUGGCCCAGCAGAGCCCACUGGCCCAGCCAAGCCCAGCCACCCCUAACAGCCCUGUUGCCCAGCCAGCUCCUCCUCAACCUCUUCAGCUGCAAGGACAUGAAAAUAGUUACAGGUCAGAAGUUAAAGCGAGGCAAGACGUGAAACCAGACAUCCGGCAGCCUCCCUUCACAGACUACAGGCAGCCCCCGCUGGACUACAGGCAACCCCCAGGAGGGGACUACCCCCAGCCCCCAGCCUUGGACUACAGGCAGCACUCCCCAGACACCAGGCAGUACCCUCUGUCAGACUACAGGCAGCCACAGGAUUUUGAUUAUUUCACUGUGGACAUGGAGAAAGGAGCCAAAGGAUUUGGAUUCAGCAUCCGUGGAGGAAGGGAAUACAAAAUGGAUCUGUACGUGUUGAGAUUGGCAGAGGACGGGCCAGCCAUAAGGAACGGAAGGAUGAGGGUAGGAGACCAAAUCAUUGAAAUCAAUGGGGAAAGCACAAGGGACAUGACACACGCCAGAGCAAUAGAACUCAUCAAAUCUGGAGGAAGAAGAGUGAGGCUGCUGCUGAAGCGAGGCACGGGGCAAGUCCCAGAGUACGACGAACCCCACGCCUGGAGUGCUGCCGCUGCCGCCGCCCCAGGCCUGCCGGAAGUAGGCGUGUCCCUCGAAGACAUCUUCUCUCCAUUCUCUCCAUCACAUCCAGCCCCACCCUCCGACCCCUCCCACCAGACAGGCCCAGACCCAGCUUGGGAGAUCCAAAGGGAACACGACGUUAGGAAACCAAAGGAGCUCGCGGCCGGCGGCCAGAAGAAGCAGCGCCUGGGGGAGCAGAGGGAGCGCUCGGCGAGCCCGCAGCGCAGCGCCAGGCCCAGGCUGGAGGAGGCGCCCGGCGGCCGGGGGCGGCCCGAGGCCGGCAGGCCCGCCUCGGAGGCGGCCGACGGGCAGGGGGCGCUGCGCGGCCGGCGCGAGGGCCCCGGGGCCGAGGCCAGGGUGGGCGUGCGCUCGGGGUCCCGAGGCGCCCCGCGGCCCACGGGGGGCGGCCCGGCGCGCAAGGUGGCGGUGGCGCCGGGGCCCUGGAAGGUGCCGGGCUCCGACAAGCUGCCCGGUGCCCUGCAGCCCGGCGCCUCGGCCGCGGGCAGAUGAGGCCCGAGGCGGUGUGGGGAGGGGGGACCCCGCCAGCCGCCCUCCACGCAGGCUGUUCUUCCUGGGUCCCGUCCCGCGGCGUUUUAAUUUAUUUCCACGGUCACACGCAUAGAUCCCACACGAGGCGCCGAGGCCCCGGGAGCACCGGCCUGAGACGCGCGGUGGGCUGCAGGGCGCGGGGUGCGCGCGGACCUGAACUGAUCCUGAAGCAUCCCACCCUACCCCACCCCACCCCCGGUUCCGCGGCGGGAGCUUUCGGCAGCUACGGAAGAACCAAAACCACGCAAACAUCACAGAGAGACAGUGCAGUGUAGCUUUAGUUUUAAAGAGAAAGGAAAAAAAAAAGUUCCCCCCCACUGCAUGAAGGAUUUGGAUGUCAUCCAAACUUUAUAUCAAGAAACUGGACAAGUUCAGAGCAAUCACAAACUGGAAUAUCGCCUUAACAAAAAAAAAAAAAAAAAAAAGAAAAAAAGAAAAAAAACAACAACAACAAACUGCACGGAGCAAGCGGAAACUGAGACAAGAUUAUAUCUUUUAAUUGAUCUAAAGUGUUGUAAAUAAAUCGUUCUUGACAUAUCUAGACAGGGGUUAAAGGGUUUCUUUGAAACAUUCAGAACUGUUUGCCCAUGACGUUUCCCUGGCUCGCCCUUGGCAUCCACCGACAGAAUUAGCAGCACCAUUCCCUGCCUCCUGCAGGAUGAGUUAGAACCCUAGUGAAUUCAUGGGUGUGAUGCCAUUUUACUGCCAUUUCUGUGAUCAAGUCAUAUUUCUGUACAUUUUCAGUAGUAGGGGAAAAAAAGGUUUUAAAAAUUGUAUCCUAGGGAACAGUUUGCGGUAAGUCAGAAUUUUGCAGGUUAGCUCGUAGAUCUUAAUUGGUUUCUCUCUAAAAUAUGAGUUUUAUAGUGAGAAAAAAACCCAUAAUCUGUUUAAUCGAGAUUGGCAACGCUGCAGUUCCUUCCUGAGGCUUUCCUGUCGUCCCAGACACGGGGAGAUGCGGAGAUGGGUAGAUGCUCUCUUAGCAAUGUUCUGUUUUACCUAUUUUAUUGUCUUAUUUUAAAACCUCUUCAUUACUUCAUUUGCACUUUGACGAAGUUUUUGUCCUAUAUUUCUCAAAUUAGAAUGAAUCUCUAAUAUUAAAAGCAUUAUGAUAACUAUUUUCAUUAAAGAA